ACUUCCGGUGUUAUCCGGCGGGCUGGAUGAAAGCAGGAAAAGCGCGCUCCAUCAUAUAUUCGCCUUAUACAGGCGGAUUUAUGUUUUUACUUACAGAUUACGGUAAAAACGCGCCUUUAUAAAUUUAUAUAUGUAUUUCCCCGGAGAUUUAUAGAUUGUCGCUGUUGUUUUUUGUUUGUUAAUCUUUCGGUGGUUGCUGAAUAAAAGGCGAAUUUUAGUUUCACAUUUCCACUGGACAUGGACCGUCCAUCUAGGAAGUCAAAGGUUGUGAACUACUGUGAAUUCAAAGACCUAGAUGAUGAUGAGGAUUUUGCGUGUUCAAAAGCACCACCCAGCAAAAAGCCCAGAGAGGAAAUUAGACAGGAACAGAAGAAAUCUUCAGGACGUUCCUCCAGUCAGGAUAAAAAUCCAAAAUCUGAUCAGAGCGAGAAAAGCAGGAAACCGCUGGAUGAGAAGUUGUAUGAAAGAGAUCUUGAAGCAGCCAUCACUCUUUCUUUACUCAAUAACUCAGAUGGUUUAAAGGAAUCCCCCAACAUGGAGGUAAAAGUUCAAAGCCCGAUUGAUGAAAACACAGACCCAGCUUCUUUGCUGUUGUCCAACUGCAGUGUUGAUGGAGCAGUGUUGGGCCUCGAUGAUAUCACAGUAGAGAAAGGAUCACCAGCCGCUCUCAAACUUAGAAAGACUUCGCCUAGAUCCUCUGAGGUGCAGAGAAAGAAGGACGAAGAUGAAGACUACAGACCCAAACAGGCGGCAGAUUCAGAGAGCGAUGAAGAUUUCAACGAGUCUGCUGAGAGCGAGGAUGAGGAGUUUACAGUGAAGAAAGCCAGCAAAGCUAAAAGGAAGGAGAAGGUGACCAAAAAAGACAAAACCAAACCAAGUCCUGCUUCCAGAACAGAAAAGAAACAAUCCAGAGUUUCUCAGUCCAAACCACCUGCAGCAGCAGUUUCCACCCUGGGGAGAAGCCCCCCAGCAGCCAAACUGGCCCCCAGUAGGCCAUCUUCCCUGAGCACAGCUUCCACUGUGAAGCCUGUCAGCUCUCUGAGCCCAGCAGGGGGCAGAAUUCCCAAGUGGAACCCACCAGCUCAGAUCGGGAAAAGUCCAAACUCAUCCCAGACUCCGGCUGUGAAGUCUCCCAGCGCCGGUCUGAGACUAGGACUGUCCCGCCUCGUCCGAGUCAAACCGCUCCAUCCGAGCCUUGCUACUCACUAGAUAAUCUGUCCUGUAUGUGUGUGUGUGAGUGUGUGUGUGUGUUGAUGAAUGCUGUCUAGAUUUUAAUCAAACCUUCAGAUGUAUUAAUUUCUGUGUUUGUUUGUUUAUUUUUUCAACUCAAACAGGAUGAUUUCAGAAAUAUUUUUAUUCUGUUUUUUAGCCUGUAGUCAGAUGUCUCUCAUCUCUGAUUAUAUUGAGUUUUGGUUUCAUUGUAUCUUUGGAAAACCUUUGUAAUGCUUGUAUAUUCUGUACAGAAACACAAAAUAAAGUUCAAGGCAUUCAUUGC